UGCCACACCACCUGCGGUCUUUCUCCCGGUCCGCUCUCUUCCUCCCAUCCUCCUACAAAUAUCCAUCGAUUCCACCCACCGACACAUCACCACCACCCCUUCAACUACGCCCGUACCCUUUUCCAGCAUCGACAGUGCAUUUUUUCCUAUCCACCAACCAACCCGCUAUCCUUCCUUUCAUCUAGCGAGGCCACUGCUAUACACAGUCGUCGGUCGCUUCACCCCGGGUCUACCCAAACAAAACCCUUUCCCCUAAGUCACCCCGUAAACUCGAGUUUAUGUCAAUCGAAAACCUCAAGACCUAUGACCCCUUCGCCGAAGCCGAUGAGGAUACAGGUGAAACCAAGCAGGCCCAGAAUUACAUCCAUAUCCGCAUUCAGCAGCGGAAUGGUCGUAAAACCUUGACCACUGUCCAGGGUCUCCCCAAGAAAUUCGACCAGAAGAAAAUCCUUAAGGUCAUCAAGAAGAAGUUCGCCUGCAAUGGCACCAUUGUCAACGACACCGAGAUGGGCGAGGUGAUCCAGCUGCAGGGCGACCAGCGCAAGGAUGUGCAGGAGUUCCUCGUCGACAAGAAGGAGGGUCUAGAGCUGGAUCCCAAGACCAUUAAGGUCCACGGUUUCUAAUGCCGACCAUGUCUGGGGACCGUCUGUAACGCCUACCUAUCGAUCACGAGCCACAAUUGAGAUGGUCAACCCUAGGUGCUGAAGGAGCGGGGCCGCUACGCGAGGACUCCUCGCUAGCGGUCCUCUACCACGUGCCAAGGGCUGCACCAUUGAUCGAGGCGUUUGCGGAGUGGUUACGACAUGAUACCCCCUUUUGUCGAGUAGUCGAGGCUUCUGGUAUUCGAAAUCAGUUGGACGAGGCGAGGGCUGAGGCUGAGUCUGGCAUGAGGAGGGUGGCGAGGAGAAUGAGGAGGACGAUAAGGUCGCUGGUUUUCGCGCAGAGAUGUGGUAUGAAUGACAUGGACAUGCAAUACUCUCGUUCCCCUGCUCUGCAGUAAUGCCAUUACAUAUUACUCAUCGGCAUACCCGCCCGAAAAAUCAAUGCUCGUAUUGCCAAAGACGGCGUCGAUAGACACCGCGUGGAGGAACAGCUACCUAGACUCUCUCCGGUAGCGGGAGCUCUUACCAGUGGAGCCGGUCGUGAUUACUUAUUAGCAGUAGUGAUCAAGUAGUCAGCAAUUACUUUUCAGUCGCUCA